CAGGAUACAGACAAGCCAUCUGCUCAAAUCGAAGCUUUACAUUUGCAAGUUGUGAACUAUCAUGUCAAUCAAAGUAAAUUCAAACUUUCUUACCACACCUCCCACCCCAUAAUAUGAGUAUCCACUAAUUUAAAAGUUCGGGAAGAACAUCAAUUGAGUUAUAACACAUUACAACAGUGUUAUAAUAGGGGUGUUUGGAUUGGUCUUGUAUAAUUCAAUUGUUAAAUGAAGCAAUAAGAGCAAACUAGGAACUAGAAAAUGCACGUCAUAACAAAAAAAAAGGGCAACAGACUGUGACCAAUUUGUCCACUAAAAUAUUGAAAUUGGCUGAUUAAUUUUUUUAAAUUACAGAUUAAAUUUUUAAUCAAGGGAAAUAGAGACCUCAAUAAACAGCAAUCAUAGAUUAGAACAUGACAGUGUGAAGGGAGACGUUAGUGGAAAUACCAAGAUUGAGAUCUCAGAUAACUUUUUUUGAUCCUCUAGUCAUCAAAGACUGGUCUGUCAGUGCCCCGAACAGCCAUCUUGUGGGCGGCAUGAAGUACCAUGAUGGAAAACUGAUUGUACCAAUCACUGGACGGUACAAUAUCUACCUGCACACCUACUUCCACAGCACUUAUGGAAGGAUCUAUGUUGAUGUGAAUGGCAAAUCGGUGACCAUGACUCAAACCCCGGGAACAACCGUACACGCUGCCGGCUUUUUCAGCCUGAAAGCAGGUGACAUCAUCACCGUUCCAGCGGCUGUUAACUGCAAGCUUUAUAUGGCUUUCAUUCAUACUUACUUUGGCGCAUAUCUGAUUUAA